UCAGCUAAGUCAUCAUCAUGAUCCAAAAUGUCAUUGUGAUACAUCAAAACUCACUUCUUGUGUAGCCUGUCAAACAUCAGAAUGUGAAAUGUGUAAUGAAAUGAAAUUUUCUUUUCAGUUCUUCGUUUUUCCACCUGGAGUUGCUAAAAUACCAACACAAAUAAAUAAAGUCUGCAUGGGACUUACAAAUGCUCAAAACUUGAGGGAACGUUUAGCCAAUUUAAAUGGCAAGUUCUAGUUUUAUAAAUCCUAACUUUUGCAUAAGAAACAGCUUUCAUAUAUGUGGCCGAGCAUAAGGAAGUUUUAUACAUGUGGCCCUACUGAGCAGUUGUAAUAAAGGACAUAAAAUUAACAAAUUAAGUGUGUUUUCCAAGUACAACAAAAGUUUUAUAAUUGCUUAUGCUGAUCAAAGGUUGUUCCUAAUUUCAGCCAUCAUGUAUUUAAUGUGAGUUAAUGUUGAUAAUAAGGCAGCAAAUUGAAAAUAAGUGCUUUUUUUUUUUUUCCUUUUUGUUUUAAAUUUUACACAGGAAAGAAAAAUCACUGCAGUGUGGAAUGUGGCAGAGAAUUCUCUAACAGGAGUGCUCUUCAGAGACACAUGAGAGUUCACACCGGAGAGAAGACAUAUUGCUGUAAUGAAUGUGGCAAACAGUUUUCACAAAUGAGCAGUCUUCAGAACCACACGAGAGUUCACACCGGAGAGAAGCCAUAUUGCUGUAAUGAAUGUGGCAAACAGUUUUCACAAAUGAGCAAUCUUCAGAUACACACGAGAGUUCACACCAGAGAGAAGCCAUAUUGCUGUAAUGAAUGUGGCAAACAGUUUUCACAAAUGAGCAAUCUUCAGAGACACACGAGAGUUCACACCAGAGAGAAGCCAUAUUGCUGUAAUGAAUGUGGCAAACAGUUUUCACAAAUGAGCAAUCUUCAGAGACACACGAGAGUUCACACCAGAGAGAAGCCAUAUUGCUGUAAUGAAUGUGGCAAACAGUUUUCACAAAUGAGCCAUCUUCAGAAACACACAAGAGUUCACACCAGAGAGAAGCCAUAUUGCUGUAAUGAAUGUGGCAAACAGUUUUCACAAAUGAGCCAUCUUCAGAUACACACAAGAGUUCACACCGGAGAGAAGCCAUAUUGCUGUAAUGAAUGUGGCAAACAGUUUUCACAAAUGAGCUCUAUGAAGGACCACACUAGAGUUCACACCCGAGAGAAGCCAUAUUGCUGUAAUGAAUGUGGCAAACAGUUUUCAUAUAUGAGCAAUCUUCAGAAACACACAAGAGUUCACACCAGAGAGAAGCCAUAUUGCUGUAAUGAAUGUGGCAAACAGUUUUCACAGAUGGAGCAUCUUCAGAGUCACACAAGAGUUCACAAAAGAAUAAAAACAGUAGCAAUUCAAAAAUCAUUCCAGAAAAACAAGAACCCUUCAGGACUCAAGAGUGAGGUUCAGUCGUGUCCUGAAAACUAAGCAAACUAAACUAUUGUUGAGAAAUGAAUCUCAAAGAUAGAUAGACAGAUACUUUAUUAAUCCCAAUGGGAAAUUCACAUAAUUCUUUGCAUUUAUAUAGCGCUUUUCUCACUACUCAAAGCGCUCUGCAAUUGCAGGUUAAGGGCCUUGCUCAAGGGCCCAACAGAGCAGAGUCCCUUUUGGCAUUUUACAGGAUUCGAACCGGCAACCUUCUGAUUGCCAGUGUAGAUCCCUAGCCUCAGAGCCACCACUCCGCCGUUUAAAAAGAGAGGCCAUAUUGCUGUUUGGAACGUGGCAAACAAAUCUGUGAGAGCAGUACACUUCAGAGACGCACCAGAAUUCACACCGGAGAGAAGUACAACUGAACUGUCCUGACUUAAGAGUGAGGUUCACUCCUGCCUGGACAGUAAGCACAUGUAACUGACUCAAAUCCAUCCUACUUAGUGUUGUGUCAAAAACAAAUCAACAUGGAGUAGAAAUAGAAGUUUAUAUCCUUUUUCCUUUUCCAGAAACAAAAUAAAGAACAGGGCGUCAUACAAAUGGCUUCUCACCAAAGCCCCUACAUCCUCCACCAUGUGCCUAGCUCUGUUUUCAUAACGUACGUAUUACAUAUAGAACUAUCCAUUCAUCUAUCCAUUUUCCAACCCGCUGAAUCCAAACACAGGGUCACGCGGGUCUGCUGGAGCCAAUCCCAGCCAACACAGGGCACAAGGCAGGAACCAAUCCUGGGCAGGGUGCCA